AUGGCACCACCGCCCAGGUGCAAAAAUCUCGCAGGCAAUUGCUCUCAGAAUAUGCAAUUUCUGCUUCGCUUUGACGGAUGUAACCUCAAACAAUGCGCUUGCGACAAUUUGGAUCUGGUUAUCAAAAACCUCGUUUUGAUUGGUCCGGAAGGUAAUCCAUUAGGAGAAAUCGCCGAGAGCCCAGGUCAUAGCGUCUCAACGCAGUAUUGGACGCUUCGCCUCUCCUCGAACCAUGUGAACUCGCAUGGGUGCUGCCGCUGGCGAUCCCGCUUCUGUUGUUGCUUCUACAGUGGCAAUCAAUCAAUGGUGUCUAGCAUCACUGCCUGGUUCCGUCCAAUGGCCAUCCUCUUUCUCCUCAUCAUCGUUUCACAUAUAGCUGCCAUCCCUCUUACCACCUCCUUCAUCUCACAAGCGCAAGAUCCCGAAUCUGGGCUCUUGACUGAGGUAGAAAAUAUCUUCGUUGAAGCGAAGCCCUACUUCCUUCACGCCACCCUCUCGAUAGCAUCAUCGUCGGCUGCGAAGUGCUGGUAUUCCAUGGAAUCCAGUCGUCAUUGCUGUGGCAGUGUUGGUGCUGCUGAUUGGCUCAGGGAUUACCCAACAAAUCAAACUCAUCUUCUUUUCAAAUCCCUCGUUCCAGUCUCUUUCACCGUGGUUCUCGUGGCUUGCCUAGUAUGCGUUAUUGUGACGUUACUCGUGGCCAACCUGGAAAUGGGUGAUGAAGAAGUGGCGACGAGGAGCAAUGGCAUCGCUAUUGCUCCCUCACAACCCUCUUCCAUGCACGCUGGAUUGGAUGUCACUCCUGCCUCAACAUUGAACCGGAAAGUAAACCCAACUACACCAAACCGCCUCUCUGAAGUCGCAGGACCGGCUCUCCUCACGCUGUCCACACGCGACUCUUGA